AUGUCAAAGCAAGAGAAAGACAGUGGUAGAGAACUAAAUAAAGGGGUUCAUUUGAAAAGAUCUAUAGGGUACUUUGAUAGUGUGUGUUUUGUGGUUGGGAGCAUUGUAGGAGCUGGGAUUUUUGUAUCUCCUACAGGAGUUCUGGAAUAUUCGCAGCUAAAUGUUGGCGUGGCUCUAUGUAUAUGGGCUGCUUCUGGAGUCUUGAGCAUGAUGUGUUCCCUCUGUUACGCAGAAUUGGGUUCCGCAUUGCCAUAUACUGGAGGGGAAUACUUUCAUAUAAAUCGAGGACUUGGAUCUCUACCAGCUUUCAUCUUUAUCUGGACUCUAACAUUGUUUACAAUGCCUGCAUCCAAUGCAGCCUGUUCCCUAACUUUUGCAGAAUAUGUCACCAAGCCAUUUUAUUCUGUAUGUCCAGUACCAGACCUUCUGAAGAAAAUAAUAGCCAUUGGCAUCCUUUGGGUUCUAGGAAUCAUAAAUACUAUGAGUGUAAAGAUGGCAACUUGGGUGCAGAAUAUAUUUACUGUGCUGAAAAUGAUGGCACUGAGUCUAAUUGUGAUUUCUGGACUUGUACUACUUGUGACAGAUAAAGGCAAUUCAGAAAACUUUAAAGAUGCUUUCAACGGUCAAGUUCCUAAUGCAGCACAAAUUGCAGAGUCAUUCUAUCAAGGUCUUCAUGCAUUUGGGGGCUGGUCCUAUUUGAAUUACCUCGCUGGUAUGUAUACACAUUCUUUUUUUUUAAUUGAGUAUGUAUGAGUGUUUAAGUACUAAAAACACAAGCUAAUGAAACAAACUGCUACAUUGAUUAAAAAUGUUGUCCUUAGUUUAAAAACACUGAGUGUUUGUGCUUUUUUUUGCACGUUAUAGGGCUAUAAAUACAAGUAGGACAUUGCUGUUUCAAAAUAUAUAUUUAAAAAAUGUAUAGUGACAUUGUAACACUGUUAUCUGUCAUAAAUCUCUGAAUCACACCCCACAUGUACAUAUUUUUUUAAAGUAGACAACCCAGGGUAUUCAUUUAAGGAUAUUUUGACACUUUCUAUGCUUUAAUUUUACCACCAAUCUUUGCAAACUUUACAUAGGUAGUUUAUUUGUUUGAUUUUUUUCCCCAUACAUUGCACUUCAGGUAUAAAUUCACAGAUUCUGUUAUGUGUUGCUGCCAAAACACACUAAUAUGUUUUCAACAAUAUCUCCUGAGUACAGUGAUACCACCCAUGUAUAGGUUUGUCGAUUUGGUUGGGGGCUAAAAGGCCACAUUUGGCAGGUGCGCAUAUCCAUUUUCCAACUUGGAAUCUUGAUAUGUAGUCAACCUGCUCCCAUGUCCUAUUUGGGGCAUUUGUGAAGCUGGCCAAUGUAUUUUACCCCCAUCAAACCAUAUAUUUUUGAAAAGUAGACAACCCAGGGUAUUUCAAAUGCUGAAUUUACCACCAGCCUUUGUCAAACUUUUGGGUAGUAAUUUUUUGUGUGUUUUUUUUUCACACACAUUGUACUUUAGGCAUGAAUUAAUAGAUCCUGUUAUGUGUCACUGCCAAACUACAACCCAAAAUGUGUUCAGCAACAUCUCCUGAGUACAGCAGUGAUACCACCCAUGCAUAGGUUUGCUGGGUUGUUUGGGGGCUAAAGGGCCACGAUCGAGACUUGUGCAUGUUUUUUUUUCACCUUGAUAUUUAUUUAUUUAUUUAUAAAAUAUUUUACCAGGAAAGAUACAUUGAGAUUUCUCUCGUUUUCAAGUAUGUCCUGGGUCCACAAAUCAUUGCAUUGUUACAUUAGGUACAACAAAAUACAAAAACAAUAUUAAUGCACAAUAUAUACAAAAUUUAACAUAGAACAGGCAGGAAAUAUAUAAUCAACCAUAUAUAUAGGUAUGCUUGGCCUAUCUUCAAUUUGGUGUAUUUUUGCAUCCCCCAGUCAAGGUUACUAUCAUGAAAGUAUUUAAUUUUAUAAAGUAGAGACAUGCCAGGGUAUUGUAUAUAGGGUGUUUUAACUUCAUUCCCCUAACCAUUGUGCUAAGAAAAUUUCAGAGAAAGUGCAUGGUGGUAAUUUUUGAAUCCUGCUUUUUGAUUUUAGCCACCUGGUUAUAUGUUGCUGCCGGAAAACACUCCAGUUUGUUUUCUGCAAAGUCCCCUGAGUACGCCUAUGUUCCCCAUGCAUUGGUUUGCCACGAUUUUACAGUAACAAAUUUUGGACUUGCCAUUUUGGCUGAAUAUAGUUUGCUUGCUUUGCUAGGCACAUGUUGAGUGUGGUUCAUUUUUACAUCCCCUAAGUUGAAUUUAUGGUUUGAAAUUAUAUAUUUUUAUAAAGUAGACAUCCAAGGUUAUAGAAAAUGGGGUGUUUUGACUUCUUUCCCCCAACCAUUUUGCCUGAAAAAUUCAGAGAAAGUGUGUGGUGAUAACUUUUGAAUUCUGUUUUUAUGCACAUAUUGCUUUUAGAUUUUGGCCAGCUGGUUAAAAGUUACUGCCAGAAAAUGUUUUAACUUUUUCAAACUUUUGUACAGGUAUCAAAUGCACCUUUAGCAGUAAUCUCUAAACUAACUCCUGCAAAAAGAAUCUAACUGCAUAUUUGGGGGAAGGAAACUAACUGAAAUAUGUUGCUUUCAAAACACACAAAGUAAAAAGAUGAGGAACAAGUAUUAAAAAAAGGUAUAUUAAAAGGUGUAUUCUGUGUGGUGGAGCCUAAAACAAGUUCCAAUACACAGUCCAGGUAUUGAAGGGCAAUCGGGACAGUAAAAGGGGGUGUCUGUCCUUUUCCCUAAUAGACUCGGCAACGUUUCUGGGAUUGGCUUUUUUUUUUCAGUUGGUGUUAUCUUGAAAAUAAAAUGUGUAGCACCAAUUCUGGACUCCUCUAGCACUGUUGUUGGAAUUUGACCACCUUCAUAAAUUAUUGCUGAAAUCAGCUUGAGCUGAAAUUGAAGAAAGGUGAAUUAUGCGUUGCAUAAGAUAGUCACCUUCUUACACCAGGCUUUUGUCUUUCUUAAAAUCAGAUAUGGCUGCAUCAGCUGAUCAGCCAAAUCAACACCCCCCAUGUGCCUGUUAUAAGCCCUAAUGCAAACAGGUUUGGUCUGUACUCUGCCUCGUACAGUGACGUCUGACAUUGUUUCGUAGUGGAUGGUGGUUAGCAUGUUAACAUCCUUCCUGUCCUUAAAUUUUAUUGCUAACACUUCAGCUUUGCACAUAACUUUCACCUUUUAAAAAAAAAAAAAAAAAAAUUGGGCCUGUAUGAGAGGUCUGUGGAAAUCUUUUGCAUUUUUUCGCACAGUGCUGCAGGCCAGUGUCUGCAAACCAUAAAUGUUUGAAACAAACAGACACUGCUAUAGAAAUUGUCCACAUAAAGGUGAUAACCUUUAUUGAACAAGGGGAUCAGUAGGUCCCAAACAAUUUUCCCACUUGCCCCAGAAAGUCAGGACAGCCAGGAGGAUCCAGUUGACAGUCUUUCUUCCUCAUAUACGCGAAAGGCAAAUGUAUAGCCACUUUCACUCUCGCACCUUUUUUUAUAAUUUUACGCCAUAUCCAGAACGCUUUGAGGGGAUGUACUGUUUGAAUCCUAAUCUCUCUUUAUAUUUCAUUAAAGAUUCAUUAUUUGAUAUAUUUUGUUGGGGGGUGUAAAUUUCAGAAAAUUUGUGCUGAAGAUGGUCUACCAGUGGGCGUAUUUUAUAAAGCCUAUCAUAUUGGGGGUGAUCUCUGGGGUGACAGAGGGUAUUGUCAUUAAAGUGUAAAAAGCAGAGCAGCAACUCAUAUCCAUGGUUUGGGAGUACACUGGACUAGAACAGAUAGGGUUGGUGCUCCAGUAAGAGAGAAUUGAUGGCUUGUUUAUAAUCAGCAUAGUAAGAGCCCAGAAUUUUUUCAGUUCAGGGACAUAUGUGGGAUGCCAAGCAUGUUCCCUGACUGCAUAGCUACCCGGAUUGGUAUUAAUAAAUUGGGUAGCAUAUAGAUUAGUCUGGGAAGCAAUCUCCUUCCGGAUGGUAUGCCCUAAGAAAAACUCCAUAUAUUGCAUAGGGGAGAAGUCAUGCACAUUGACAUUAAUACCUGAGUUGGCACUAAAAGGGGGGAUGUUGGCUCAGCUAACUGUGGAGGUACCCACUCCUCUUCGAGAGUCGGCGUAGCAGGGGAAGCACAACUUCUUUUUACAGAUGACGUGUCACUAGACGUGUCAGAAAACGGACCUGGGUCAAAAUCGGUCGCAGUGUCAGUGGCGUCAGCGUCAGAGUCUGACGCCAAGAAGGGCAUAUGCCUCAUCCAAGCUGUACAUACGCUGCAUAUUUCACCAACACACUUCCUAACUAACUACCUAUCUAACUGACUAAACUAACAAAUUACUAACACAAAAUUGUUUUACAUUUUUUUUUUACAGUCUACCUAACCCUAUGCUAAAAUUACUACAACUGACUAAAACCGACUUAAACUGCCUAAUACACAGCUUUUUAACAAAAAAUAACCAAUAAGGGCAAAUAAAUAAAUAAAUACAGACAGUACAAAUGCACAGCUGUAACAGGAUUUGGCAGGAAUCUUUUUUUCUUUUUACAGUAAUACAGUUUGGAACACUUCUGGCAACAAUAUAUCCCGAUCUCUGUCUCUCUCUCUCCCUCUCAAAAUGCUACAGAGGAGAGGGAGAGGGGCAGAGAUCACUGUCAAAGAGACAGCCACUAGAGCAGGGGUUCUCAACCCAGUCCUCAAGGACCCCCAAACUGUCCAUGAUUUAAGGAUGUCCCUGCUGUGUCUAAUGUGUUUUUGGGGGAGUGGGACACUUUAGACACAACAGGGUAAUCCCUAAAUCCUGGAUGGUAGGGGGUCCUUGAGGACUGGAUAGAGAACCCCUGCACUAGAGGCUUUAGAGGCUGGAUUAACCUAUUUAUAAACAUAGCAGUUUCUCUGAAACUGCUAUGUUUAUAAAAAAAAAGGGGUUAACCCUAGCUGGACCAGGUACCCAGACCACUUCAUUAAGCUGAAGUGGUCUGGGUGUCUAUAGUGGUCCUUUAAUGUUUAUUUUUUUCACAGAUGAAGUGAGAAUUGCUAUAAAUUAUCUAAUAGAUAUAUUUGCUACUCUUCCACCUUCCCCCCCCCCUUUUUUCCCCUUAUUCUUACCUGAUCUGUGAGAAAAAUGGUGCAAAAAUGAGCCGUGUGGUGUACUGCUCAAUAUAUACAAAGUAUACAUAUAGCUUGUAGUACACUAAUUGGCCAAUUUUUAUGUUUUUUAAUUUUAUGGUUCAUCUGAAUGUUGUUUAAAAAUUCUAAAUUUCCCCAAACUAUAAAGCACCAUGGACUAAUUCCAAAUCAAUAGAAACAUUGACUGAAUGAGUGAGACAUCGCGUAAGAAAUUGGGUUAACCAGGUUUUUUUUACAGUGCACCAGUUUAAUAAACAUUGUUUAAUUUUUAACAUGCAUGGACAAAUAAAUGAGAGAAAAUAAAUAGUGGAAACCAGUAGAUAAAAGGAUUGGGACGGCCACACUAUUUUUAUUUUCAUAAUAAUACUACCAUACCCUGUAUGUUUAAGUGCAUACAGCAUUACCCACUAAUAAGAUUGUAGAGUGUUAUACUAAUGCACCACUUUUUUAUAUAUAUAUAUAUUAUAGAGUUUCAGAUCGUUUACCACUUUCUCAGCUAUUUCUUCAAGAUUUUAUUAUAUUGUAAUAUGUUAUGUCUGCAUUAGUUGCUUCUCCCUGUGAUUUAAGGGAUUUAAGAAAGAUCCCAAGUAAGUUAUGGUCUAUAUCAGGGAUAGGCAACCUUCGGCACUCCAGAUGUUGUGGACUACAUCCCCCAUAAUGCUCUUACACCCAUAAUGCUGGCAAAGAAUCAUGGGAGGUGUAGUCCAAAACAUCUGGAGUGCCGAAGGUUGCCUAUGCCUGGUCUAUAUGGAUAUAUCUUUUUGGGAAAUAUGAGACUGUGUGUUUAACAGCCAAUGAGUUGGUUAUGGCUUCUGAAUAGCUAACAACUGAGCUGCAAGACUGCAGGGGCAUAAUUCAUGCACCAAAACCACUUUAUUAAGUUGAGGGGGGAUUUUGGUGCUUAGACUUAGUAUAUUUGUGAUUGGAUGUACAUGAUGUAUACAUCUUUUAGCACAUGUUGUAUUAAGUGGUUAUUAUAUCUUAAAGUACCUCUCACGGAACUUGUAGAAUGUUAAUGGAAAAAUAAUUUUCUAUUACUCGAAAACAGUAUUAGAUUUGCAUUGAUUCUUUUUUGUUUUCCAGAGGAGAUAAAACAACCAAGCAAGAACAUUCCCCGCACAGUAUUCACGUCCAUAACUGCAGUGAUUGUGUUCUAUCUGCUGGUCAACAUCUCAUAUCUAACCGUGCUCUCACCCAGGGAGAUUGUAUCUUCAGGUAUUGGUGCUAACAAUGAGCUACUUUCACUUCCUUUUGCCUUUUCUUUGAUUUCAUUAACUGCAUACUUUACACUAAAUUCAAUAAGUGCCAUAAAGAGCCACGCUGCUGUUAAAAAGGAGCUACACUUGGAAGUUAGUUUAACCCCUUCAGGAACGGACUGUUUUGGCCAUGUUGUAUGUUAAGGACCAGGGUUGUUUUAACACUUUUGUGGUGUUUGUGUUUAGCUGUAAUUUUCCUCUCUCUCAUUUACUGUUCCCAUACAAUUUAUAUAUAUAUAUAUAUAUAUAUAAAAGGGCUUUCUUUAAAUACCAUUAUUUCUAUCAUGUCAUAUAAUUUAAUUUAAUUUAAAAAAAAAGGUGAAAAAUUUAAAAAAAUUAAUUUUUUUUACUUUUACUUGAAAAAUCUUUUACUCAUCUACAAAAGCUAAUGAAAAAAACUGCUAAAUAGAUUCAAAAUUUUGUCCUGAGUUUAAAAACACCAGUGUUUACAUGCUUUUUUGCUUUUUUUUGCAUGUUAUAGGGCUAUAAGUACAAGUAGGAUAUUGCUGUAACGUAUCAAUAGUGACAUUGUAACACUGUUAUCUGUCAUAAAUCUCUGAAAAACACCCCACAUGUACAUAUUUUUUUUAAAGUAGGCAACCCAGGGUAUUCAAUAUGGGGUAUAUCCAGUCGUUUUUAGUAGCCACUUAGUCACAAACACUGGCCAAAGUUAGGUUAGCAUUUAUAUUUGUUUGUGUGUUAAAAUUGCAAAAAACAAUUAUGAACGCUACCUUUGGCCAGUGUUUGUGGCUACUAAAAAAGGCUGAACAUAUCCCAUUUGAAAUACCUUGGGUUGUCUUCUUUUGCAAAUGGUAUGCCAUCAUGGGGGUAAUUCCCAUUCCUGGGCUACCAUACGCUCUCAAAGGCAACAUAACCAACCUGGCAAUUUUCAAUGUAAAAAUAUUUGACCCUUAUAUUUGACCCUGUAACUUUCAAAAACACAAAAACACUUUAAAACCUGUACAUGGGGGGGUACUGUUAUGAUCGGGAGACUUUGCUGAACACAAAUAUUAGUGUUUCAAAACAGUAAAACGUAUCACAACAAUUAUAUCAUCAGUGAAAGUGCCGUUUGUGUGUGAAAAAUGCAAAAAAAGUCACUUUCACUGACUUUCACUGACAAUAUCAUUGCUGUGAUAUGUUUUACUGUUUUGAAACACUAAUAUUUGUGUUCAGCAAAGUCUCCCGAGUAAAACAGUACCCCCCAUGUACAGGUUUUAGGGUGUCAUAGAAAGUACAGGGUUAAAUACAGUUCUAGCAAAUGAAAUUCUAUGGACUUUCUGCCAGGGUUGUCAGGCAGGUCCCUCAAAUUGCAAUUAAUAAAAUUACUUGAUUAUGUAAAAAUAUUACAUAAAUACACAUGUAGAAUUUAAAUAUAUAUGCAUAUUUAUAUAUUUGAAGUCUCUGUGUAUAUUUAUGAAAUUAUUUAUGUAAUUAUGUAUAUGGUUUUAUAUAUAUAUAUAUAUAUAUAUAUAUAUAUAUUUUGUAUACAUAGAUGUAUAUAUAAUUUCAUUCCAAGUGUAUUUUCAUAUAAAUAUAUAUAUAUUAAUAUCAAAAUACAGUUAGAAUAAAAUUUCAUAUAUAUAUAUAUACUUUAAAAAAAAAAAUUUACAUUAUUUUUACAUUUUGAAAUUUAUUCAAAUGUACUUAUUAUUUGUAUUUUAUAAUAAAAUAUAUAUAUAUAUAUAUAUAUAUAUAUAUAUAUAUAUAUAUAUAUAAUAUACAAUAUGUAGUUAGAUACAUGGACACCUAUUGUGACCAUCAUGUGUCUUAAUUUGUCUUAAUUUGCUGCAGGGAGACUGCCUGGGCUGUCAGGCAGUCUCCCCACACCGGGAGCAACGUCAGCGGUCGGAAAGGGGUUAAAGAUCCAUAUGUUUACUACAGGGCUCACAGGCUGACUUCUAAGUGUAAUUCAGCUUUGUCCUUUUUACAUAGAAACAUAGAAUGUGACAGCAGAUAAGAACCAUUCGGCCCAUCUAGUCUGCCCAAUUUUCUAAAUACUUUCGUUAGUCCCUAGCCUUAUCUUAUAGUUAGGAUAGCCUUAUGCCUAUCCCACGCAUGCUUAAACUCCUUUACUGUGUUACUUUUUGCCCACCAAGUGCAAUUUUACAUGAUGCUGGCAAGAUAGUAUAUUUCUGUAAUUAUAACUGCAAACUGCCACAUUUUGUUACUGUUAUUUUGCUAUAGAAGGUAAAAAUAUAAAAAAAUUAAUGGUGGAGUUUGUAUUACCCCAGCUGGAACUCAAGCUGGAACUCAAGCAAGCACCAUAUAGCAUUAAACCUUUCAGUGCUGCAGUGGAGUGGAGUUAUCUCCCCUGUAGCUUUGAAAAUGAGAAAGGAAAAGCCAACUACUAAAUGUCUUUGUCACACCCUCAUGUAAUUACAGAGAAACAACAAUAGCUUUCUAUUGCAAUGAAACAGGCAAAUACAUACAUAAAAGUGUGUGUGUGUCUGUGCGUGCGUGUGUGUGUGUGUGCGCAUGUGUGUGUUACUGAAUCCUAAGAAAACUGGGCAGGGUGACUGACAAGUGACCCUCACCAUUUACUCCUCCAUACACUUUCGGAGGGGGGGUGGGGGGGAAAUGGUUUAAUAGGACCGGUGCUUAUUUUUUGAUGAACAAAAGACUUCUCCUGUAAUAUGUAAAUAAUUGUCUAGUAACAUGUAUAGUAUAUAUAGAGUACUUGCUUAUCAGAGCACUGAGAUUGGUGGGAUACGAAGUCUGAAUAUUGAAAGCAAAAAGGCCUAUAUAAGGCAAAAUAAAUAAAUAGAUACAUAAAGUAAUAGAUUAAAUAAAUAAUGAUAAUAAUUCGAAAAUUAGGGCAAUAUAGCAAAAUGUGUAUCCAAUGCACAAUGCAUGGAAAUUAAAUAAAAUAUAUGUUAUAGUGAAAGCAAACAAAAUUAACAAUAAAAUAAAUGUUGCGUAAACUAUGUACAUAAACAUAAAAGGAAAAAUUGAAUCAGUUGAUAUGCAAAAGUGCAUAAAUCUAAACUGUGCAUAAUAAUAACAAAAUUACAAAAAGGGUUUUAAUAAUACCCUAGAGAGAAGACCACAUAAUCUUUGGCCAGAGUAAAGCCCAAGAUUAAGCAUUAUCAGCUAAAUUAGAAAGAAUUCCAAUGAAAAAACAAAUAGAAACAUGCAUGAAAGGUGCCUGGAUAGAGUACACUAAAUCUUUGUGAUAAAAAGAGAGAAAAGCAGACUCAGUCGGUCCUAUAAGAUAUAGUUUUGAUGAUAUGCACAAUUAGGAAUAUUAGGAACCACUGUUCAUCUGACAGGGAUAGUGCUGGUGCAGUUAUUUGGCUCUAGGUUGGUGAAUGUAGUAAUUUUGUAAACAUGCAUUUAAUAGUGUGGAGAGCCAGAUAAAAGAUGUCCCAUAAACACAAUAACAGUGGAGCUUAAAGGGACACUAUAGCCACUAGAACAAUUACAACUUAUUGAAUUUGUUCUGGUAAGUAGAAUCAUUACCUUCAGGCUUUUUGCUGUAAACACUGUCUUUUCAGAGAAAAAUCAGUGUUUACAUUACAGCCUAUGGAUAACUUCACUGGCCACUCCUCAGAUAGCUGUUAGAGAUCCUUCCUGGGUCAUGGCUGCCUAAAAUGCAUCCAAACAUUCAGUGUCUCCACCCUCUGCAUGCAGACACUGAACUUUCCUCACAGAGAUGCAUUGAUUCAAUUCAUCUCUAUGAGGAGAUGCUGAUUGGCCAGGGCUGUGUUUGAAUUCUUCUGGCUCUACCCCUGAUCUGCCUCUUUGUCAGUCUCAGCCAAUCCUAUUGGGAAGCAUUGUGAUUGGAUCAGACAACCACUUCUGCUCAUGUCAGCAGGCAGUGGGCAGGUCUAAAGGAAACAGGGACAAAGCCAGCAGCUUCAGGCUUGAAUACAAGUAAUAUUUUGCUAUAUUUAGGGAGGCAUGAGGGGAACGGGGGGGGGAGGGGCUAGAUGGUGGUUUUAACCCUGUUUGUGUUCCUGACCCUAUAGUGCUCCUUUAAUAGGAGAUAAAACCCAUAUUAUCCAAUGGAUUAAUUCAGGGCAAGGUUUAUGUAAAGACAUUUGUGACCAUAAAUAGAAUCUUAAUUUUUUAGAUUAGUGGGUUUUUUUCCCCUAAUUUUUAUUAUUUUAUUUAGUUGUUUAGGGUUAUUAUUGAAUCUUCACUCAAUACUUUAAUAGGUAAGUAUAAUUUUUUUCAUAUUUGUUUUAUUUUUUUUAGAAUAUUUGGGCUCAUAUUUAUUACUAUUACUGUAAGUAGGAUAGUUAUGUUUUACUGUAUCUAGGAUCUUUCAUGGCCAGCAGAUUGGGCAUCCCCUGGCCUUUGAGAUAUAUAUAUAAAAGAAUUCCUUGAGGAGAACAUGGUUAUCAGCAAAAAUCAGCACGGUUUUAUGAAGCACAGGUCAUGUCAAACUAUCUUGAUUGCGUUCUACGAAGAAGAGAUCAGAGUGUUGCAGUGGAUGUGAUCUAUUUGGAUUUUGCCAAGGCAUUUGAUACAGUUCCACACAAUAGAUUAGUGUUCAAACUCAAGGAAAUCGGUCUAGAUGAAAAUGCUUGUUCUUGGGUAGAACAUUGGCUUAAAAACAGAUUACAAAGAGUUGUCAUUAAUGGUAAAUUUUCAAGCUGGACAGAGGUGGCAAGUGGUGUCCCUCAGGAGUCUGUUCUGGGAUCCCUUCUAUUUAACAUGUUUAUAAAUUAUCUUGAAGACAGCAUUGAAAGUCAUGUUUCAGUGUUUGCAGAUGACACAAAACUCUGUACAAUAAUACAAUGUGAGCAAGAUAUUACUUUGCUGCAGAAGGAUUUAGAUAGACUGGGGGACUGAGCACUCAAAUGGCAGAUGAAAUUUAUUGUUGAAAAAUGCAAAGUUAUGCACUUCGGCGUAAAGAAUACACAAGCAACGAAUACCCUUAAUGGAAGCGAAUUAGGGAUAACAACAGACAAAAAGGACUUGGGAAUUGUUAUAGACAACAAACUAUGCAACAAUGUGCAAUGUCAAUCAGCAGUGGCCAAGGCCAGUAAGGUAUUGUCAUGCAUGAAAAAGGGCAUUCAUUCUCAGGACAAGAAUAUCAUUUUGCCUCUUUAUAAAUCACUGGUAAGACCACAUAUUGAAUAUGCUGUGCAAGUUUGGGCACCUGUUCUAAAGAAGGAUAUUAUGGCACUAGAAAAAGUACAGGGGCGGGCUACAAAAUUAAUAAAAGCAAUGGAACAUAUCAGCUAUGAAGAAAGGUUAACAAAUUUAAACCUAUUUAGUUUAGAAAAACAUUGCCUGAGAGGGAUUAUGAUAACAUUAUACAAAUAUAUUCGGGGCCAAUACAAACCAUUGUGUGGAAAUCUAUUCACAAACCGGACUUUACAUAGGACAUGAAAUCAUGCGUUUAGACUGGAAGAAAAAAGAUUUCAUCUAAGGCAAAGGAACAGUUUUUUUACUGUAAGAACAAUAAGGAUGUUGAAUUCUCUGCCUGAAGAAGUGGUUUUAUCAGAGUCCAUACAGAUGUUCAAACAGCUACUAGAUGCAUACUUGCAAAAACAGAAUAUUCAAGGAUAUAAUCUUUCAAUGUAGGGUAAUAAGUGCUUGAUCCAAGGAUUAAUCUGACUGCCAUUCUGGGGUCAAGAAGGAAUUUUUUCCUAGCUUGUUGCAAAAUUGGAAGCGCUUCAAACUGGGGUUUUUUUGCCUUCUUUUGGAUCAACAGCAAAAAACAAAUGUGAGGAAGGCUGAACUUGGACGCAAGUCUCUUUUCAGCUAUGUAACUAUAUAUAUAUAUUCCAUUCUGAAACAGUGCUUUAAAUAUUAAUCCCUCAUGGGCCAGGUAAUUGGGCAUCCCUUGGUCCUCAUCAUAUCAUCAGAGUCAGGAAACUGUCUAUUAUCUGGCCCUCUUAACACAUACAUGGCAGGGGGCAGAUGAACCUCUGGCCCCUGUGAAAAGAUUACCACCACUCAAGAGCCCACCAAGUAAAGGAAUGGGUAUGAGACCACUCCUUAGAUCCCUACCUGUUUUAUUGUAGAGACCAUCAACUUGCUCUGUGUAAAUAAGCUGAUUGUGUCUUUCAAAUUACAUUUUGGGGUAUCACAGACCAUAGCAUGUAUUAAUUUCAGUGCUUGAAAUUAUAAGUUAUAUGCUACUCGACUGGCCAAAAAGUUAAUUGCCUCUUCAACUCUGGAGGGUCAAUGGCACACAAACCAGUGUUAAAUUUUUAUUUUCCAGAAAUGCAUUUGCACUCACCUUGGGCUAGUGGGGAAAUAGACAUUUUGAGCCCUAUUAAGCAACAGAAAAAGCAAAUGUUGUGGCAUUGGAAGUGUUAAUUAAAUUACUGGUGUUGCUCUUCUAGUGAGACCUUACACUCUAGGUAUGCAUGAAAAGCAAAUGGUGUUGUGGUUUCUGUGGGUCCGAAUCUUUUAAUUAUUGGUGUCACUACAAAGUUACACCAAUUCAUUCAUAGCGUUUUUGGUGUAAUUGUACAACAAUGUCAAUGUUUGAAAUACCAGGCUCUAGUAAACCAUUGUGUUUAUGUUGUUCAACAAGAUGUCAGGUUCAAGAGUCUCCAUAAAAAUAAUAGUUUGUAUUCUGAUUUUGUUAGCUUUAUAGCAGUCAACUUUACAUUCCAUGAUUGCAGCUGGAAAAGCAAAAAUAUCUGAGUGACUUUACAUGAGCCAAAUAGUGAUGGCUAGACAACUGGAUCAGAUCGUCUACAAAAUGCCAAGUCUUGUGGAAUGCUCCCGGUGUGCAGUGAUUAGUACCUAGCAAAAUUGGUUCAAAGAAGGGAAGCCUGUGAACUGGUAUCAGGGUCAUGGGCACCCAAGUUUUAUUGAUGCACUUGGGAGCAAAGUCUAACCAGUCUUGUCCAAUCACACAGAGAAGGUACUGUAGCUCAAACUGCUGAUAAACUUAACCCCUUCAGGACGGGUGACGGACGAGGUCCGUCACACAGGGGAGACCCUUAACGACGGGUGACGGACCUCGUCCGUCACACGGUAAAAUUAACCCCGGAUCGCCGCUAUCGCGGCGAUCGCGGGGUUAAUGGUGCUCCCGGUAUGCCUCUGCAUUGGAGGCAUACCGGGAGCACCCGGUCAAGCUGCCCAGCACAUGUGCUCGCUCUGACCACAAGUCGGAGCGAGCACAUGUGCUCAGUAUACUCACCUACCGGCUCCCUGCACUUCCGGGUUCUGUGUGAAGUGCAGGGAGCCGGAUCAGUGCUGAUCCUGCCCCCUGCUGGAAAAAAAAAUAAAGUUUAUUUAAAGUCCCCCUUACCCAUUUUAAUAAAAAAUUAACCCCUUCCCUGCCAAUUGAUCACUGACUACAGUGAUCAAUUGGCAGGGAUUACAUUUUACUAUGAUCUGAUUUUUUUUUUAACCCCUGAGGGUUAAUUCUUUUUUUUUGUAACCCUCAGGGGUUAAAUUAAUUAAAUUAAUUAAUUCAAUUAUUUUUUCAUUAUAUAUUUAGAUAGCUGGGGUGGGUGGAAGUUAGUGGGGAAUUGGGGGAUCUGGCGUUAGGCUAACUAGGGGUUAACGUUAAAAGUUUUAAAAGAAACUUUAAAAAGUUAAAAAUUAAGCUUAAAAAAAUGUUUUAAUAACAUUUAAGUAAAAAAAAAAAAAAACACACUUUACCUAGUCCAAAUAAAAAUUAACCCCUUCCCUGCCAGUCGAUCACUGCCUACAGCGAUCAAAUAGAGAUCACAGUAUUAUACUGUGAUCUAAUUUUUUUUAACCCCUGAGGAUUAACUUUUAUUUAUUUUUUUAACCCUCAGGGGUUCAAUUUAUUUAAUUAAUUAAUUUAAAUAUUUUAUAACUAUAUAUUUUGCUAGCUGGGGUGGGUGGGAGUUAUGGGAAAAUGGGGAAUUUACUGUUAGUGCUGCGUACUGCUAGUUAGGGGUUAACGGUAAAAAAAAAAGCUUAGAAAAAUGUUAAAUCUGUAAAAAAGUUUUAAGAAAGUUUAGGAAAGUUUAAAAAAAAUUUAUAAGCAAAACAAAAGUUUAAAAACUAGUUUUUAAAAGUAAAAAAGUUAUAAAAAGUAAAAAAAUACAUUUUAAAAACGCUCAUUACCACUACACCUGGAACAAACUAGAGAAAAAAUUAUCCCACGCCAAGGUUCAAAAUAUGCCUUUUGAAUUACCCCAGGGUGUAUUCUUUAAUAAAUAGUAUGUGUUUGUGGGGAAGUUUCAAUAACCAACCGUCUAAACUACUCCAAAUUGGAACAUGGACACAGCGUAAAACUUCAAAGUUAGAAAAAAACUGAAUGGCUGCGUCUCAAAUGCGCCCCUUCAACAUCCACAUAUACCUGGCAAAGGUACAUACGGGGGUAUUGCUGUACUCAGCCGACAUAGCUGAGCAACAUAUGAAGUAUUAUACAGUCAUAGCACACAUAAGGUUUGCAAAAUAUGCUGCGCAAACUCACUUUGUAUGUCAAAAAGGCAGAAAAAAUGCUUAUUACCACUACACUUGGUACAAGCUAGCGGAAAAAUGAUCCCACGCUAAGGUUCAAAAUAUGCCUUUUGAAAUACCCUGGGAUGUCUUCUUUAAGAAAUGGUAUGGCUUUAUGGGGAAUUUGGAUUAUAUAGCCUGGUAAAAUACUCUAAAAUGGGACAUAGGCACAGCAUAAAAAUUCAAAGUUUGAAAAAAACUGGAAUGGCUGUGUCCCAAAUGUGCCCCUCCGAUGUCCACACAUACCUGGCAAAGGUACAUACGGGGGUAUUGCUGUACUCAGCCGACAUAGCUGAGCAACAUAUGAAGUAUUAUACAGUCGUAGCACACAUAAGGUUUGCAAAAUAUACUGUGCAAACUCACUUUGUAUGUCAAAAAGGCAGAAAAAACGCUUAUUACCACUACAUCUGGUACAAGCUAGCGGAAAAAUGAUCCCACGCUAAGGUUCAAACUAUACCUUUUGAAACACCCUGGGGUGUCUACUUUAAGAAAUGGUAGGCCUUUGUGGGGUAGUUUGAAUUUAAAACCUGCGAAGAUGCUUGGAAAUUGCACAUAGGCCCAGCGUCAAAAUUCAAAGUUUGGUAAAAACGGAUAUGGCUUGGUCUCCUAUAUGGCACUGUAGCUUCACGAAAUAGUGCCAAAGACAUUCAUAUGGGGUGUCAUUUUACUCAGAAGACUUAGCUGAGCAUAAUUUGGGGGGUUUGAACUUAGUGGCACAUAUGAAAUAUACAAAACGCCCAGCAAAAAUGCAAUCCGUAUGUAAAAAAUGCACAAAAUUAUUUUUUACCACAUACUUUGGCAUAUAUUGGUGAAAAAAUGGGGGCAUGUUAAGGCACAAUAUGCACCUUAUAAGAUACCCUGGAGUGUCUACUUUUACAAAUGGUAGGCCUUUGUGGGGGGUUUUGAACAGCCAAACUGUUAUAAUACCCCAAAAUGGAAGCUAAGGCUCAUUAAAUCCAUCUCUCAAAAUUCUACUGUGAAUACUGAAAAGGACAGGUAUCCUGUAUGGCACUGUAACUUCACGAAAUAGUGCAAAAGACAUACAAUGGGGGUGUCAUUUUACUCAGCAGAUGUAACUAAACACAAAAUAAAACUUUGUACAGGAAUAGCACACACCAAUUUUACAAAAUAUACACGAGAAUUUCUCUGUUAUAAGUUUGUGUGCCAAAAACCAAAAAGAACACAAUUUUACUCCAAUAUUUAGCAGAGGUUGGCGGUGAAAUGGCUACGUAGAAAGUGUCAAAACAACCUUAGGUAAAUAGCCCGUGAUGUCUACUUUAUAUAAAUAUAUACUUUUGUGUGGCAAUUUUGUUUUCUUUUAUGGCUAUUAAGCUUACAAGACAAACAUACCAAAUUCUAAAAUCACUCCACAUUAAAAGUUUAUUUUACUCCUUGUGCUUUGUGACCUGUAACUACCAAAAAAAACUUAAAAUCCCAGACACAUUAUAUAUUCUGUAAAUCAGAACAAAUAAAUAAAUUUAUUUUUAAUUACUUUCCUUAACCUGCACUAAUUAUGCACACAUUAUUAUUGCAAAAACUGUAAAAAAAAACAAUAUUUUUCAUUUUUUUUGCAUUUUUCUGUAUUUUUUUUAUAAUAAGUAAGCAUUUAUAUAUAUAUAUAUAUAUAUGUUAUAUCAAAUUAAAGCCCUUUCUGUCCUUUAAAAAACAGUAUAUAAUAUGUGUCGGUGCAAUAAAUGAGAGAGAUGCAAAUUGCAGUUGAACGCAAACAGCAAGAAAAUGCAAAAAUUGCUUGUGUCAUUAAGCGUAAGUCAAGCUUCUGAAGCUGUGUCCUUAAGGGGUUAAUGCUGGCUGUGAUAGAAUUUUUUUUUUUUUAAUUAAAAUAAGUAGUAGACUGGAUCCAAAGGGUAUAGGAAACACCCCUUGAUAAUAUAUAAAUAGUUAUAUAUCAAGGAAAUAUCCGCACUCCUAUAUACAAUAAAAAAUACAUUUUAUUAUAUGAUCAAUAAUAAAACAUGUUCCAAAGUGAUCUAUAUACACCCAUAGAGAAGCAAUAAUCAAACAGUUGAUAUACAAACAAUUCAUUACAUUAGUAUAAAUUAUUAUGCAUAUUUCAUAUUUAUAUAGUACACCAAACUAAGGAGAAUGAAAAAUAAAUGAUAAGCUGUAACAAAAGCUUAGAUCAAAAAAGAAAAACAAGUCUGUUAAUUGCUGUAUAAAUAUUUACCUAAUUAGUGAAAGGAGGACAGAAUAACCAUCCAAUGUUUCAGCGCAGGAGGUAUUUGUCAAGAGUGAGACAAAAAUAAAUUCUACAGUUUGGGGGGUGGUGGUGCCAAAAUGCAUUUCUGCCCCGGUGCUAUGAAACAUAAGGAAGCCUCUUGUAAGGACAUAUUUAAAACCAUCAUGUUUAACCUUUUAUACAUCUCUAUUUCUGCUGUGCCAAAAAGGAAGCAGAAAACCCAAUCUGAUGGGGUUUCCAGUUUUGCCACACAGAAGGAAAGAAAUCCCCUUUGACUCCAAAGUCUUGAUUUCUUUUACUGUAAAAAAACAUGUCCUCUGCUGAAAUCUCCUUUCUUCCAGUCUCAAUUUCAGAUCUCUUGUCAAUUGUACAAUCCUGUUAAUGAACAAAAAGUGAUACAUGGUUUCUAAUUGUAAAAGUCAUGUACUUGUAAUAAAAAUGAUGCAUUUCACGGUAAUUACUCACAUGGAGAUGUUAUGUAAUUGCAGCUGCAGUUUCGGUAACAUGGGCUGGUAGAACAAUUCCAACAGCGGCCUGGAUUAUUCCCGUGUCUGUUGCGGUCUCAAUAUUUGGUUCCCUCAACGGUAGCAUGUUUAUGUCAGGAAGACUAAACUAUGCUGGAAGCAAGGAGGGUCACCUGCCAUCCAUCAUAUCCAUGCUUCAUGUGCAUUAUUUGACCCCAGCACCAGCCAUGAUCAUCUCAACAAUUAUUGCAUCUAUUUUCAUCAUCCCUUCUCACCUCCUCUCUUUAACAAACUACUUUGCAUUUUGUUCCUGGCUUUUGGUUGGCCUGACUACCAUGAGUCUAAUUGUUCUACGUUAUCGUGAGCCUAAUCUUCACAGGCCGUACAAGGUAGGAUAUUUAAUUAUCACAUGUUUUCUUUAAAUUUUUUAUUGGCUAUAAUUGCUAUAUUUACUUGCAAUAAAGUUUAAUAGUGUAGCGAUUUAAGGGAAGAUCUUAAAACUAAUAAAUUAUUAUGUAUAUUAUGUUCACUUCACAGUUUACCUUAAUUAAACCCAACUAGAUGUGUCUAAGAAGAUUUACAAACUCUUUCAAAGAUAGCAAUAUAUAAGCAAAAUAUUUUGUGCUCCAAUGAGGAAUAUUCUAGCCUUGGUGAAAAAAUAAUCUAAAUUUUAUUAAAGACAGGAGAUUAAUACUUGCAUAUACCUUCUUUACUAACACCUCCAGCAGCAAAAAAAACAGCUAACAUAGUAAAAAAAACAACCAAUCAAAAUCUGGAAAGGCAAACACAAUCCUCAUCUGGACCCUCCCACUUCCUCUGUCUCCGAUGAGGUCAGUCAGAGAGUUGAACAACUGAACAUCAACUAAGGAGUCAAACACAUGACAACAGGAACUGAAACACUGUCACAACAACACAAAACAGUCACAUAAACCAGUAUUAGACUGUACAAACAAUUAAAUCAUAACACAACCCCCUAAGUAAACUAUAAUAACAAUCCACAUAAUAUGAAUAAGCAAGUCUAGAAAUAAGGGUAAGAAACCGAAGAAGAAUUAGAUUUGUUCUGCCGAGAAACUGUAAAGAACACCUCUGCCAGAGAAAACAAACAAAAAAAAAUCUACAACAAAGGCCCUAAUAUCAGACACCCAUUGUAAAGAAGUCAGACACAGGAAAAUGACCAGUUUAGAGGAAAGCUGGUGGAAUGACAGCAGGUCAUUAUCUGGCCACCUCUCCAAAAAUUGAAGGACCAAAGAGAUGUCCAAAAAUGAGGAAUAAUGAGUUGGGGAGGUUUGGCCAGUCAAAUCCUGCAAAGCAAUCUACAGAAUGUAGGGUCCUUCCUCACUCCAGAUCCCUGGGGGGGUGGGGGUGGAACAUGGACUGUGGGGACAGCCAAAGGAAAAAUAUUUGUCAUCCUGUAAGACUUUCCCGGUGAGAAAAGAGGGGAGGAAAUCCAAGAUGGUCAUGAUAGGGGCAGUUAAGGGAUCCAAACCAUUUUCCAAACAUGAGCUAUGCCACAUUCCCAAUGCCUGAUGAUAGAUCUUUCUGGUGCCCGGAGACCUGUUGUCGACCAGCACAUUCCACAAUCCCUGGAAAUACUCCAGGCCACCAGGGACAGACAGCCCUGAGAAACCAACGGAUACGCAGCCUUGUCUGGAUUCAUCAGGAGAUUAGGUGAGUGCGGAAGGACCAGGGGAUCAUCACAGGACAACUCCAGCCGGAAGCACCAUGGCUGAGCCGGAUCAUCGCAGCUUGAUGUUUCAGCAGAUUUAGAGUUCGUAGAAUCAUCGAGAAUGGGAAAAUGUGUACACCCCCAAAGUGGACAUUCCUGAAGAAAAGCAUCCACCGCAAGGCACAGGGGAUCUGAAAGCCAGCUGAAGAAUAGAUCUUUCUGCUUAUUGGCUCUGGAGGUGAACAGAUUCAGAUGAAGAGGACCCCACCAACAAUCAAAGAGAUGGAAUAUCACGCCAAUGAUGGGGGAAACACCAAUGCUUCGGUCUCUGUGACUCUGUCCUCUCAUGGUUUUCCUCUUAUCUCUCUUAAUGCUCAUUCAGUGUCUCCUUUUCCAAGGAUACCUCCUACCCUCGUCCUGUCUCGGUUGACGUUCCCUAAGGCUUUGUCCUUGGUCCCCUUCUAUUUUCUCUUUAUACUGCCUCUCUUGGCAAACUUAUUGCCUCUUUUGGAUUCCACUACCACCUGUAUGCUGAUGACACUCAGAUAUACCUCUCCUUCCUGGACUUCUCCCCUGCCGUCUUGCAACGUGUCACUGCUUGCCUUUCUUCCAUCGCUGACUGGAUGGCUUUCUGAAACUCAAUCUCUCUAAAACUGAACUCCUUGUCUUACCUCCUCCUAAUACUGAUCCUCCUCUCUCGCUCUCCUUUCAAGUCAUUGAUAUCCACAUAAGCCCAUCCUUGCAAGCACGCUGUCUUAGCAUCAUACUUGACUCUGGCCUCACCUUUGAGCCUCACAUCCAGUUUGUUGCCAAAUCCUGUAGAUACCAACUUAAAAACAUAGCCCACAUCCGCCCCUUUCUUACGUAAGAUGCUGCCAAGGAGCUUGUCCAUGCUCUAGUAAUUUCCUGCAUGGAUUAUUGUAACCCUCUCCUGAUCUUCCCAAAAGCCAUAUUGCCCCACUACAUUCUGUAAUGAAUGCCGCCGCCAGACUUUCUUUCCUCUCUAGUCGGUCCUCUCACACCUCACCCCUCUGCCAGUCCUUACAUUGGCUCCCUGUAUCCUAUAGGUGUCAAUUCAAAGUGCUAACCCAUACAUUUAAAGCACUGAACAACUCUAGCCACUCUUAUAUCGCUUCACAGAUCCAAAGGUAUACCCCUCCUUGUUCCCUCCGCUCUGUCCGUGACCACCUCCUGACUACUGCUCGCACCAGUAUGGCCUAUAGUGUUAAAACCACCGUCUAGUCCCUUCUUACUUGUAUUCAAGUCUGCAACUGCUGCCUCUGCCCCUUAUCUGCCUGCUUACAGCUGGCAUAAUCAGAAGUGACUCUGUGAGACAAUCACAAUGCUUUCCCAUAGAAUUGGCUGAGACUGUCAAAGAGGCAGAUCAGGGGCAGAGCCAGCACAAGUCAAACACAACCCUGGCCAAAGCUGUGGAUGUCAACAAUUACAUUCAUUUAAAGAGUCACCUUGGCUGAGGAAUGUGUCAAGAGCUCUGUUUUUGAUGAUACGUAGAAACUGUAUAGAUGUUGCCACGUUCCGCACACAUGCGAUGAAAUUAAAAAGACAAUUUGAGGAAAAAUGUUAUAAAGCAUAAAUGUUAGACAGAACUAUGGAGGAAGUGGCUGACCUUGAUCGUAGCUCCCUUCUGACAUAUAAACCAAAAAAUGAAAAGAGAGAAGAGAUACCUUUGAUAUGUCAUUAUAACCAAAAUAGUCAACAAAUUAAACACAUUUUAAAUAGAUUCUGGCCUCUCUUAAAAAAUGAUCCUGCACUUUAUGAAAUUCCUCUAGAGAAACUGUUGGGAAUAAUAUACUUUGCCUACAGGGAGUGCAGAAUUAUUAGGCAAGUUGUAUUUUUGAGGAUUAAUUUUAUUAUUGAACAACAACCAUGUUCUCAAUGAACCCAAAAAACUCAUUAAUAUCAAAGCUGAAUAUUUUUGGAAGUAGUUUUUAGUUUGUUUUUAGUUUUAGCUAUGUUAGGGGGAUAUCUGUGUGUGCAGGUGACUAUUACUGUGCAUAAUUAUUAGGCAACUUAACAAAAAACAAAUAUAUACCCAUUUCAAUUAUUUAUUAUUACCAGUGAAACCAAUAUAACAUCUCAACAUUCACAAAUAUACAUUUCUGACAUUCAAAAACAAAACAAAAACAAAUCAGUGACCAAUAUAGCCACCUUUCUUUGCAAGGACACUCAAAAGCCUGCCAUCCAUGGAUUCUGUCAGUGUUUUGAUCUGUUCACCAUCAACAUUGCGUGCAGCAGCAACCACAGCCUCCCAGACACUGUUCAGAGAGGUGUACUGUUUUCCCUCCUUGUAAAUCUCACAUUUGAUGAUGGACCACAGGUUCUCAAUGGGGUUCAGAUCAGGUGAACAAGGAGGCCAUGUCAUUAGAUUUUCUUCUUUUAUACCCUUUCUUGCCAGCCACGCUGUGGAGUACUUGGACGCGUGUGAUGGAGCAUUGUCCUGCAUGAAAAUCAUGUUUUUCUUGAAGGAUGCAGACUUCUUCCUGUACCACUGCUUGAAGAAGGUGUCUUCCAGGAACUGGCAGUAGGACUGGGAGUUGAGCUUGACUCCAUCCUCAACCCAAAAAGGCCCCACAAGCUCAUCUUUGAUGAUACCAGCCCAAACCAGUACUCCACCUCCACCUUGCUGGCGUCUGAGUGGGACUGGAGCUCUCUGCCCUUUACCAAUCCAGCCACGGGCCCAUCCAUCUGGCCCAUCAAGACUCACUCUCAUUUCAUCAGUCCAUAAAACCUUAGAAAAAUCAGUCUUGAGAUAUUUCUUGGCCCAGUCUUGGCGUUUCAGCUUGUGUGUCUUGUUCAGUGGUGGUCGUCUUUCAGCCUUUCUUACCUUGGCCAUGUCUCUGAGUAUUGCACACCUUGUGCUUUUGGGCACUCCAGUGAUGUUGCAGCUCUGAAAUAUGGCCAAACUGGUGGCAAGUGGCAUCGUGGCAGCUGCACGCUUGACUUUUCUCAGUUCAUGGGCAGUUAUUUUGCGCCUUGGUUUUUCCACACGCUUCUUGCGACCCUGUUGACUAUUUUGAAUGAAACGCUUGAUUGUUCGAUGAUCACGCUUCAGAAGCUUUGCAAUUUUAAGAGUGCUGCAUCCCUCUGCAAGAUAUCUCACUAUUUUUGACUUUUCUGAGCCUGUCAAGUCCUUCUUUUGACCCAUUUUGCCAAAGGAAAGGAAGUUGCCUAAUAAUUAUGCACACCUGAUAUAGGGUGUUGAUGUCAUUAGACCACACCCCUUCUCAUUACAGAGAUGCACAUCACCUAAUAUGCUUAAUUGGUAGUAGGCUUUCGAGCCUAUACAGCUUGGAGUAAGACAACAUGCAUAAAGAGGAUGAUGUGGUCAAAAUACUCAUUUGCCUAAUAAUUCUGCACUCCCUGUAUAUACAAUGCUUAUUGACCCAAGGCUCAAGCUACAGAUGACCGGAUGUCUACAGAUGUCCAGUCUGUUUAAAAUUGGCUAACUUGGAGCAUGUCAACUUUUGGGAAUAAUACACUUUGUCUACAUACAAUGCUUAGUGAAUAUACCCCUAGACAAGAGGUAUAGAACAUAAUGUAACAAGUGUUAGUGUUAUUUCCUGUGUGUUUCUGCCAUUGGCCUUGUUAUUCUUUGAUCAUAACUGCUUAGAAUUAAAAGAUAUUAACUACACAGUUCUAAAAGCAGUUCUAAUUACACAUUACUAAGUGCGUAGUUAUAUUGAAACGUAGCUUUGUGCAAGGCCUGAACAUGAAGAUACACCUGCAAGCUAGCUAUAGGUUAAGAUGUUAAGAUAAGAUAGAUGGUUUUGUUAGGAUUGGAUAAUGCUUAUAAGACCACCCCUGUUUCCUCUUGAAUAUAACCUGUUACACAGCUCAUUAAAUAUUAGAAGUCACCUUGAACCUUACAUUGUCUUGUCUCAUUCAUUGGGGCUCCUCACUAGCUGGUUUGGGGACAAGGAGAAAUACAGAGUUCCAAAUUGAUUAAAAGUCCAUGGCAUGACAUAAAGGAAAAUUCCUGACGCAGGAAAUCUUCACUCUUGCUCUUGCAAUCUACAUUAUGUAGGAAGGACCAAACGCCUUUUACAUGUGCGCAUCAAUGAACACAUCAGAAACAUUAAAAAUGGUUUAGAAAAUAAUAGCCUAUUAGCUCAUUUUAAUAAAGUACACAAUAGGGAUCUUAGGUUUCUAUAUUUUAAGGCAAUCCAGAAAGUUCAUUUUAAUUUGAGAGGAGAGGAUAAUAUUGGGAAAUUAGGAAGGAUGGAGAUGAGGUGGAUCUAUGUUUUAAACAUUCUAAGUCCUUACGGACAAAAUGCUGACUUCGAGUUAUAUCAUUUUUUAUGAGAGGUUUUAUUUGGAGAACGAACACCUCAUAAUAUAAAAAACUUUUUUCUAGUAUAAACAUAUAUCUACCUCAAUCACCAUUUUAAGUUUUAUUUCAUCUUAUUUUAUUUUUUGGGUAUAUUUUAUAUAUGAAUUUGUAUAUGUGUAUACACUUUAAAUGAGUGAAGAUUUAUAAGAUUUUUCAGAAAAUAGAGUUCUUUGGAUAGAACCUGGUCUCUGAAAUUCUCUCCUUUAAGUGUGGAAAACUUGAUUGCGGUACCUUUAAUACGUGGACAAAAGAUCCCAAGAAAAGGCUCUAUACUAUGUGAGUUCCUCAAAACGGUAUUUGGUUUAGAUUAUCCAGCAAGACAAUAUUACCUUAUUGUGUUUUUCUCUUUAUUUUUCAUAUAUGGUACACCCCCUCCAAUUUGUUUGAAGGGGUAAGUGCCCGUAUCUACCACUUUUGUAGCGCUGCAUUCUAACUCUCACUCUUACUGUUGGGUUGGUGGAUUGUAUCACCUCAACAUGAGGAGUAUUGUAUAUAUAUUUGACAUAUCUAGAACUGUAGCCACAUUAAUUAAAUAUAUACACAUUAAUAUUAGUUAUUUAUUAUAUAUAGUAUAUAUAUUUCUCUCUCUUAAUAUAUAAAAACAUACAACAAAAAAACAAUAAGAAUAAAAAUAAUCUGUUAGUAUACUCUGAUUCACAAGUAUACUAACGACAAGGGGGUUUUCACAACAAGGGGUUUUUCUUUAAAUACAAACUAACGUUUGUCUUUUUUGUCUGUUCCAGGUCUUCCUUCCAAUUGCAUAUGGAGUUGUGGCAGCGGCUUUAUUUUUAGUGAUUGCUCCAAUCGUACAAAGUCCAAAAGUUGAAUAUUUCUAUGCUUUGCUGUUUAUGUUGAGCAGCCUGAUUGUGUAUUUUCCGUUUGUAUAUUUCAAGUUCCGUCUACCCUACUUUGAUAAGAUCACAUGCUUUUUACAGCUUUUCCUUGAAGUGUCACCUACUGAUAUAUAUGAAGACUCUAAAGAUCAGUAA